CCGGCGCACCGCCGCUCCGCGCCGCGCUGCAGGGGGGCUGGCUCCCCGCCUGCUCCCCCCAGCACGCUCCCGCCUCCCGCCCCGAGGGCUGUUUCUGCGAGUUUGCCGCGCCCCCCCCGUCCUUCGCCGGCGCGCGCGGCUCUGCCCGGCGCUCCUCGCAGCAGCUCCCCCGCGCUUCACUCCGGGGAGCUGCUGGAGAAGGGCGGAGACCCGAAGUUGCGGCCAGCCCGACUGAAAAGUAGCGGCAGCGCCGGAGGGGCCGGAGCCGAGCCGAGCUGAGCCGAGAGGGGCCGGGGCAGCGCGCCGCCACCCGCAGCGCCCGCCGGCCGCGGUCGGGUCUGGCCCGGCGCCGCCCGCCCGUGCGGCCGCGGGACGUCGGCCGGCACCGCUGGGAAAGAAACAGCAUGCAAAGUGGACAGAAAACCGAAACUGCUCUUGUAGAAAAAAGCGCUGGCUUUCUGGCUCUCUUACAUGUUUCCAUUUUACUUCAUAAUGGGAGGCACAGGAUUAUUUGAAUCAUAGAAACAGCAUUUAGGCAUCAUUGGCUGAAGAUAAGAUGAAAGAAGACUUGAAAAUAUGUCGAUACUCUAUGACUAUUAAUUCAGACAUACCUUUCACAAACAGAGGGGAACAGUGGUUAAAAACAUUGCAGUUUCAUCAAAAGAAGCUAAUGGAUGAUUUCUGUUGAUUUCUUUCUUUUUUUCCCUUCCAUUCUCCCAUGAGAAAACAAAAAUAUGAAGGAAAGAAUGUGUGUACAAACAGAGACAGGAGAAGGCUGAAGAGAGUAACUUAAGGUUUUGAGUCUGUUUUACAAGUGCUGUAACUUACCUAAUUCAACAAAUGCAAAGCAUUGUUUUGAAUAAAUUCUAUGAUUUUGUGAUCAGUGGAGUUUUUUUGUGAGCCCUAGAAGUGGAAUUUGACCUGAGUGAAAGAUUUAAAAAAGUAAAUGUAUGACUCUUAAUUCCUAUUUUAAAAACAAAUUUUUCCGGUGUUUCCCACUUAGGAAUACAGUGUUUCAGUCUCUUACAGUGUGUUGUCAACCUGUGGUUUGAGUGAAAAAUCUUAGAAUUUUUACUUUCCUUCCAGUUUUAGUAUUUAUACUUUAGUGCUGUAUUUGAGAAAAGUGUGAAUAGACAAGAUAGUUGUGAUUUAACUUUUCAACAGCCACACUAUUUUCAGUGUCGUACUUCAGAUUACCAGUAAACUAAGUAUCUGUUAGAAUUUACAGUACAAGCUAAGUCUUUUUUUUUUUAAGAAAAAGAAAAAUGCCUUAAGAUUGUUUUUUAACUGACUGGAUCAAAACGUGAUAUCUGAAUAUUGUAUUUUGUUAGGAAAUGCAUGCCUGAAGGAAAGAAACUGCCUAAUGGAUCAUGGCUUUGAUGUUUACAGGACAUACCUUAUUCCUAGCAUUAAUGAUCUUUGCUGUCUUCACUUUUGAAGAAUCAGUAAGCAAUUACUCUGACUGGGUGACUUUCAUAGAAAAUGUAGAUCGGUAUGAGAAACAGAAACUGCAAGAUCUUAGUGGUGAGCAGAAGCCGGAAAAAAAUGAUCUUCAUCCAAGCUUGUAUUUCGAUGCUGAAGAUGUUCAGGCAUUGAGGCAGAAGGCUCAUACAAGCCAUUUGCAUCUAUUUAGAGCUAUCAGAAGUGCAGUGACAGUUAUGCUAUCCAACCCAUUAUACUACCUACCUCCACCCAAGCAUGUUGAUUUUGCUGCAAAGUGGAAUGAGAUUUAUGGUAACAAUCUGCCACCUCUAGCAUUUUAUUGUUUGCUGUGCCCCGAAGAUAAAGCUGCAUUUGAUUUUGUCCUAGAAUAUAUGGAUAGAAUGGCUGGUUACAAAAACUGGUUGGUUGAGAAUGCACCUGGAGAUGAAGUGCCACUUGGUCACUCCCUAACAGGAUUUGCCACUGCUUUUGACUUCUUGUAUAAUUCACUGGAAAAUGUGAGAAGACAAAAAUACCUGGAGAAGAUACGGUCUGUAAGCGAGGAAAUGUAUGAGUACUCAAAGGUUCGUGCAUGGGGAAAGCAACUUCUGCAUAAUCACCAAGCAACUAAUAUGCUUGCUUUACUUACUGGCGCCUUAGUUACAGGUGUGGACAAGGAACCUCAGGCAAAUAUUUGGAAACAUACUGUUGUUGAUGCAAUGGAGAAAACAAUGUUUCUACUCAAUCAUAUUGUAGAUGGAUCUCUGGAUGAGGGAGUAGCUUAUGGAAGUUACACAGCCAAGUCAGUGACCCAGUAUGUUUUCCUGGCCCAGCGCCACUUUGGUAUUAACAACUUGGAUAAUAAUUGGCUCAGAAUGCACUUUUGGUUUUACUAUGCCACCCUGUUACCAGGCUUUCAGAGGACUGUGGGCAUAGCGGAUUCUAAUUACAACUGGUUUUAUGGUCCUGAGAGCCAGCUGGUUUUCUUGGAUAAGUUUGUCAUGAAAAAUGGAGCUGGCAACUGGCUGGCACAGCAGAUCAGAAGACACAGACCCAAAGAUGGGCCAAUGGUGGCGUCCACUGCACAGAGGUGGAGCACACUGCACACUGAGUUUAUAUGGUAUGCUGCAGAACUCACUCCUCAGCCGCCUCCUGACUACGGCACUGCUAAAAUGCAUGUGUUUCCUAACUGGGGAGUUGUAACAUAUGGGGCUGGAUUGCCAAACAGUCAGACAAACACCUUUGUGUCUUUUAAGUCUGGAAAACUUGGUGGACGUGCUGUCUAUGAUAUUGUUCAUUUUCAGCCAUAUGCUUGGAUUGAUGGAUGGAGAAGUUUCAAUCCAGGACAUGAACAUCCGGAUCAGAACUCAUUCACUUUUGCUCCCAAUGGACAGGUGUUUGUAUCUGAGGCUCUUUAUGGACCUAAAUUCAGCCACCUGAACAAUGUGUUGGUGUUUGCCCCAUCUCCUACAAGCCAGUGCAACCAGCCUUGGGAAGGGCAGCUUGGUGAGUGUGCCCAGUGGAUGAAGUGGAUUGGUGAUGAGGUUGGAGACUCAAUGGGAGAAAUUAUAGCAGCCUCUCAGUCUGAGGACAUGAUGUUUGUGAGUGGUGAGGCAGUAUCUGCUUACACAUCAGCAAUGAAAUUGAAAAGUGUGUAUCGCAUUUUGCUACUCCUAAAUUCUCAAACAUUGUUAGUUGUGGACCAUAUCGAGAAGGAGGAAGACUCUUCUGUUAAUUCAGUCAGUGCCUUUUUUCAUAAUCUUGACAUUGACUUUAAAUACAUACCCUAUAAAUUUAAGAACAAAUACAAUGGGGCUAUGAUGGAUGUGUGGGAUGCCCACUAUAAGAUGUUUUGGUUUGAUCAUCAUGGGAGUAGUCCUGUUGCUAGGAUACAAGAGGCAGAACAAGCUGCUGAAUUCAAAAAGCGAUGGACUCAGUUUGUAAAUGUUACCUUUCCUAUGAAAACCACACUUACAAGGAUUGUUUACCUUUUCUAUGGUCCAUAUGUCAAUGUUUCUAACUGCAGAUUCACUGACAAUGCAAAAUCUGGAUUUCAGAUUUCACUCAAUGUCAACAACACUGAAAAUACUGUAUCUGUUGUGACUGACUAUCAGAAUUUAAAGACAAGAUUCAGUUACUUGGGAUUUGGUGGUUUUGCGAAAGUAGUUCAUGAAAACAAAGUGACCAAGUUUGGUUUGGGUACUGAAUCUAUGGAAAAACGGAUAAAAAAUAAUAGCAUGGUUUUCCCAUUUGGAUUCAAAGUGAAUAUAAUUGCAGGGUUAAUUUUGGGGGUUAGUUUGGUCAUACUGGCUUUUCAGUGGCAAUUUUACAUUUCCUUCAGUAAAAUGUUGCGUUGGAUCUUAAUACUGGUUGUCACUCUGUGGCUUAUUGAACUGGUGGAUGUGUGGAGCACUUGUACGCAGCCCAUCUGUGCAAAAUGGAGCAGUGACAUGACAAGGCUAGAACACGAUAAAGGCAAUAAAGUCAAACAAUUAGAAGGAAACCCUGUUGUUUUGCCAGAUGUUAUCAUUACUUCACUUCCUGGUUCUGGUGCAGAAAUUUUAAAGCAGCUGUUUUUCAACAGCAGUGACUUCCUGUACAUCAGGAUACCUGCACCCUAUCUAGAAAUUCCUGAGACUGAAUUUGAAAUUGAUUCCUUUGUAGAUCCAUGUGAAUGGAAGGUUUCCGAUGUCCACAGAGGUCAUUUUCGACUUCUACAAGGGUGGUUCCAGUCUCUAGUUCGAGACACGAAGUUACAUUUACAAAACAUAAAUUUAUAUGAAGCCAGCAGAAGUAAAAUUGCUCAGCAUUCUACCAUAAACAGGAACAAAAAGAAAAGAUCCAAAAGGAGAGAAUCUCUGUCAGAGCAAAAAAGCAGGGCAAGAAUGAGUCAAGAUAAAGAUGCUGAAUAUAUUAGGGAACUGAGGAGGCAUCUUGUGUAUUACCCUAAUGCACGGCCUGUUCUCAGUUUAAGUAGUGGGAGCUGGACGUUAAAGCUUCCUUUCUUUCAGGAAAUCCUAGGACCUUCCAUGAGAGCUUUAUAUGUAGUAAGGGACCCACGGGCAUGGAUUUAUUCAAUGUUGUACAAAAAUAAGCCAAGCCUUUACUCCUUGAAAAAUGUUCCACAGCACUUAGCUGCAAUGUUUAAAUGGCAAAAUGGUAAAGGAAAAUGUAGUUUAAAUGAAGGCUAUGCCUUUGAAUAUGAAUCACUAAGAGAAGAACUUUCAAAUUCUAAUUCAAAUGCUGUUUCUGUGUUGUCCUAUUUAUGGCUAGCAAACACAGCAGCGGCACUGAGAAUAAACGGGGACCUACUACCGACAAAUUAUCAGUUGCUCAAGUUUGAAGAUAUUGUAAACUUUCCUCAGAAGAUGGCUGAAACGAUUUUUGCCUUUCUUGGUGUUCCUCUUUCUCCUGCUAGCUUAAACCAAAUAUUAUUUGCCACGUCCACCAAUCUUUUCUAUCUUCCUUAUGAAGGGGAAAUUUCACCAAGUAGCAUCCAUGCUUGGAAACAAAACAUGCCCAAUAAAGAAAUUAGACUGAUUGAAGAUAUCUGUUGUUCUUUAAUGGACCACUUAGGAUAUCCAAAGUUUAUAGACUAAAUGCUGCUGGUCAGCAGGAAUUUGCACUAAUGGUCUCUGAGUCCUAAUUUGUGGAUAAGAAUUAGAGAAGCUUGUUUAUUCUUUUAAAAUGUGUACAUUCUGCUACUUUCAGAGAGAUUAUUUUAUGAAAAAUAGUAGUUUUUUUUUUCCUUAACUUAUAUCUACUUUUGCUGCCUUCUAAAUAAAGCUGUAGAGCCUUUACAGAACUAUCAGCGGGGAGACUAUAGCUCAGGGGAUUAUUAAUAGGAUAUGAAGCCUUUCACCUUCAGCUUGCCAGUUUGACUCUAGGGCAGAUGAUCAGUUCCCAAAAGUUCUUAUAUGAUGGUUGUGUGGUGGCAUAUAUGAAAUUAAACUGAUGGUAUUGGCCAAAUUUCCUAAUGGUGGUAACCCUUGGACAGGUUUGCUGAUGCGUUCUGUCUGUCUCUUGCUCUAAUGGUGCAAAUUAACCAUAAGCCCAGUUUUAAAGCGGUUCUGACACUUCAGUUCUUCCCACUUCACUGGGAGAAAGCAGCCAGAGCAUUUGAGUGAAUCUAGUUCCUUACUGAAAGUCUCAGCAGAGAGGCCUAGGAUAGGAAUGGACAUGGAUAUCAAGUAUUCUUCUGUGGGUCCUUCAGCUCAGAUGUGCCACUUCUGUUGGGUGGCUGUUGUGCUUUGAAUAAAGAGAAGACUCAUUCUCCAGGCCUGACAGAGUGGUACCUUUUGUAAGCCUAAAGUAAACAAUCUGGAGAAAAAGGAAUGGGACACAAUCCAAGAAACCAAUAUCUCUCAAACUAGCAAUUAAAUGUGGAGAUUUUGUGUAAUUUUGACCCGCAUCUUCAUGUCAACCUGGUUUAAUUUUUAAGGUUGUUUACAUCUUUGCUUCCAGUACAGCUUCAUCCUGUACAUCCUAAGAGGUUCUGCAAGGUUUUUAUCUUUUUUCUGUGAGACUCUUCCAUCUUUUUAUUGUAACACAUUGCUGAUUGUUGUGCAGAACUUCAUGAGGGUAGCAUAGAUAUUCAGUGUUAUUGUUAGUCGUGUGUUAUUGAUGUCUGCAUAAAACGAGGAUCUUAAUAUUUAGAAGAUCCUAAAGAAAUCUCCAAGUCUGUAUUGCUGAGGGAUGUUUUGCUUCUCUGUACAGUGGAUUUCUGCUGGGCAACCAUUGCUAACCUAAGGUUUUCUAUCUGAGAGAGAAUCUGAAAUUCCCUCUCCACCAUCGCCUCACAUAUAAGUAGUGUUUCCCUGCAGUAAACUAUCCCUGAAGUCUGCUGAUUUUAACAUAAUUGGUAUUUCUUUGACAUGGUGCUCUAAUAUAAUAUUGGUUUGGAAACAGUCUUGAUGGGAUAGGUUUGUGUGUCAGUCACAGCUCAUUUUCUUCUUGAAUCACACUCUUUUGUGCGUGCCCAUUAAGAAAAGUUUCCUAUUUUAACUUGCUCAGCACUCUUUGGAAAUGCAUUCAUACUGUAAAUGUCUGCAGAUGCAUAUAUCAAAUCACAAGGAGACAUCUGCCUCCGUUACCAUCUGUUUUUUAUUACAAAUGGAAUUGUCUUGAAAUAUGCUUCAGUUGAUUUGUGGGAGCUGAGAUUAGAUUUUUGGUUUAUUAUAUUAAAAUAUAUGUGUAAUUACUAUUUAUUUGGAUGAUGGGCAAUGUCAGAAAUGUAAUGAGUUGCUUCCUGCAGAUUGCAAAUAUCUUUGCUGUUUUUUAAUACAAUGAAGUUCUUGACUUUCCUUCCAACCUUAUUAUGUCCCUGUCCUACCCCACUUUCUUGCUCUUGCCAUACAUACAUUUCACACCCUUUGCAGCAUAUUGUGAUCUCUCAUUAUGACCUAGAUGAAAUCAACUCUCUCAGUCAUUUAUAAUUAUGUCAAAAUUGGCCUCUAGCAUGAUUAAAGUUAUCGAUACAUUGAAGUCUCACUAAUCAUAACUUGGCUGUCAUUUUACUUUGACUGUAACAGGAACUAGCUGCGGUUGUUUUUUCCCCCCUCUUCAUUCCUAGAUUUCACCUCUGGUAGGUGGAAUGUUACAUCAAAGGAAAUACUAAAGCAUGUUAAUGUAUACUGACAUGUUAGUGAAACUUUGGUUUCCAACUAUCUUUCAAGUUGGCUUCUCUCUGAAACCAUUUUUGGUUGUAUGUAAAAGUUACUGUGUUGAUGUCCAUACAGUUUUAUGUACUUGACAGAGUAAGUCUCAGCUUUUGCUUUCUAUUUCCAGGAUUUAUGCUCUAUAAUUACAACAAAUAAAAAGCCUUUCCCCUUCAGAUGUUUUAGGACAGCUUUAGGUAAGAAUUAAGAAUGACUGGAUAUUUGUGGAAGUAGGAAGAGAUCUUUAAAUCCCUUCCUCACAGUGCUAUAUGGAACGUAACAACAGACAAUAAACCAGCUUUUUAAUUGUUUCUGAGUAAUGAGGGUGGACAGGGUCAUCUGUCAGUAAGGUCAUAUCUUGUUACUUUUAGAAUACAGGUUAUCCCAUGCAUAUAUGUGUAUAAUACAAGUCAUUGUCAUUUGUUAAAUGCAACAUUUAGGAGCCAUUUCUUUUUUGUGCUUUACUUUUCAGGGUCAAAGAAUGCAUAAUCUAUUACUCAGAUUUGGUUGCAUUGUGUGUUCCUUUUACAAAUGUAGUAAGAUAGUAGAGAACUCUAUUUUUGGAUCUUGUUGUGAGGGCAAAUGUAUUAAAGUCAUUGUGCUAAAUAUAUGUAGAAGGAAAAGCAGUGCCUUUAAAAAACAGAGUAGGAGUACCUAAGCUCUGACAAGUCCCCAAGUAAUUUUUAAUCAUAUAGCUGUUUUGUUGUGUUUCAGAUGAUAUGUCACAUGACUCUUUGACUGAAGUUAGUACCAGACAAGAUGCAUCCUAGCUGUAGAGUUGAUUGACUUUGUAUUGAAAUUUUGGUCUAGUACCUGAAUUAAUAUCCACCCAAGACACAAAAAACAGAAAGCUGAGGAAACAUACAUAUGAUUGAAGAGAAUGCCCACUAACAGAUCUAGAUCUAGGACUUGUAGAAUAAAUUUUAGCUGCAAGAUCCAUUUAAAUUGUGAAUAAAAUUGACGGUUGUGAUGUUGAUAAGUAGGAAUACUGUAAAAGCCUACUAGUAAUAAUAAUAAUAAAGAAAAACUUCUCUUUAUUAAAUGAUACAUUCAAGUUUUAUGUCUGUGCUGAUCUUAAGUCAGAUCAGUCAUUAAAUAGUUUGUUGUUUUUUUUUUUCCUUUUUUUUUUUCUUCUUCAUGGAAGCAUUCCCAUUGAUACUAGUAUGGCUCACUGUGUGAAGAAGGUGAAUGAAAUAUUAUAGUGUGAAAUAAUUUCUGACACUGUGGAGAGUUAUUUACAAAAUCCACCUCUAUCACUAGCAUCCAGAGGAAGAAUAGUCAUUAAGCAGGUGUAGACAUUAACCUCUCCUUUUUCCCUAAGAAGAUGCUUCAGACUAUCAGUAAAACAUUGAGAAUUAAAUCAGAUUUUUGUGAAAGCAUGUCUAGUUAGUGUUCUAGCACUUAAAGAUGCAAUUUUAUAAAGAUGGUCAUGAAAUAUUUUAUUUUAAACUUGCUUCUUAUUUCUCCCUAUUUUAAAUGUGGAUAAUUGUUUUUGCUG